ACUCUACUAUCUGAUUGGACAAGAGGUGGGGGUUUAGCUGGAGCGUGCCACAGCUGAUUGGACGAGGGGCGUGUCCUAAACUGCAGUAUACCCCAGCUGAUUGCGCUCCUCUCUGGAUCUUUUUUUUUUCAGCUGGAGUUGUUUUUUUUGCACUGAGCUCCUUUUUUUCCUUCACUACAUGUUUUUUUUGUUUGUUUGCCUCACCUUGCCCGUUUUUAAUCCCUCAACUAUGGUUGUAUGACCGAUCUUUUUUAAACAACUAGGUUCCGCUGGUUGUUAGUUAUCUAGUUUUAUGUGCAACUUUGUCCUGACGUUUGUCAUUAUCCAAUCCGAUCUAUGAAAAAGUUUGUGGAUAUUUUUAUGAUCGUGUUGGAAUUAAGAGACACCAGGGCGUCUUAAGUCAGGCCGACUUGUUGUUGCUGAAUUUGUCGACAUGCUGUCACUUGAGAAUCAGCUCCGACGGCUUGGUGCUCUGACGGCUGAGGAUGAGGGGGAGGAUGAUGAUGAUGAAGGCGCCGUGUUGGACCUGGCGCUCACGGCUGUGCACACGCUCCUGUACUCGCUGCUCUUCUUCUUCAUCUACUCGCAGCUCUGGCUCAUCCUGCACUACGGCCACAAGCGCCUCAGCUACCGGAGUGUGUUCCUCUUCCUGUGCCUGCUCUGGUCGGCCCUCAGGACCACUCUCUUCUCCUUCUACUUCAACAACAUGGCCCAGGCGAGCCAGCUGCAGCCGCUGCCCUUCUGGCUCUUCUACUGCUUCCCCGUGUGCCUGCAGUUCUGCACCCUCUGCCUCCUCAACCUCUACUUCGCACAGAUCAUGUGUAAAGCCAAAGCGAAAUAUUCCCCAGAACUCAGCAAAUACAAGACGCCCCUGAAGUUGGUCUUCUUGUUCCUCAGCGUUUUCUUCCUGGUGGUGAAUGUUACAUGCUCUCUGAUGGUGCUGACCCAGAAAAACAUGGAAGCUAGCAAUGCAAAACACAUAGUUCUGGCUCGCGUGCUGAUCAACGACAGCCUCUUUGUGCUGUGCGCAAUUUCACUCGCCACCUGCAUCUGUAAACUAGCCAAGAUGUCCUCUGCAAACGUUUAUCUGGAGUCGAAGGGGACAUCAGUGUGUCAGGCCACAGCCACCGGAGCAGCUGUUGUCCUGCUCUACACAUCGAGAGCGUGUUAUAAUCUUGCCGUAGUGGCCGUAUCUCCCAAAGACCGGGCCACUCCGUUCAGCUACGGCUGGUACAGCUUCUCCGACCAGGCUGAUGUAGAGAAGAUAAGCGGGAAGGCCUACAUGGUGUUUGGGAUUGUCCUGUUUUUCUGGGAGUUUGUCCCCACCACCCUCCUCGUGGUGUUUUUCAGAGUUCAGCGGCCCAAUCAGAACCUGGCACCAGGCGGCAUGAUCCACAGCCACAGUUUCAACUCCAGGGCGUAUUUCUUUGACAAUCCAAGGCGCUAUGAUAGUGAUGAUGACCUCUCCAGAAGCGUCAGCUCCAGGGGUGAAAGGGGAAGUAGUACGAUGUCUUCGACGUCUCAGCUAGGUGCAAGUUGGUAUGGCUCCAUCCAGAAGACAGGCAGCUUCACGUUCUCCGCACCCCAUACCUCCACCGCUCCACUUCUCCUCUCCUAUGGGAGCAUCCAGACCAGCCAGCACCACAACUACUACUCCACCCCACAGGACUACUGCUCCACCCCUCAGACUCACUACAUCACGCCACAGAACUGAUCGACCAGCCUGGAGUUUUAAAUCAGUCAGGCACAGACAAGAUCCCUCUAUGGACCUUAUAUGGACUGUUGCAGGAGAUAUGUAUGGUAAACCUCCUUGUAUUUUCAAAUAUUCACCGUUUCAAAAAGGGACCAGAUAGAAAUGAGGUGGUAAGAAGGUUAGCUGGUGCUGCUUCUGCUCACAGUACUCCUAGUUCAGUAUUGCUACUUCUGCAAGGAUUCAAAUAAUAUGUGGACCAACCAUAAUCCUUCUAAAGACACUCCCUGAUCUGCACAAUUCCCAAGUCUCCAUGGGUUCAGCAUGGUGAAUUCCUAAAAUUCCUCUGCACACUGGUGAUAUGGUUGACAUGGUAAAACCUUUCAGAGCCUGCUCCAUGGUACUGAGAACUUCAGUGCACUCAGAGACCCAAGUGUGAAAGUGUUUUCCUGGAUGGCAUAAAGGAAGAAGUCAACUGUGGCCAAUUAGCAAAGACGUUAAAGAUGGUAAAGAUGCUUGCUUAGUGCCAAAACAGACAUGAGGAAAAACCCCAAAUGAAGAUUCAGAUGGAUUGAAUGUUCUUGGAAAGGUCUAUUUUUAUGAAGUGUGAAUGAGUGUAUAAGUGUAUAUGUGAUGCAGAAUUAAUGGUACUAACAUCUCACUACUAAACGUAUUAUUCAAGCGUAUGGGUGCCAUUAUAUAUUUUCUUUAGGGACGCACCAAUCCGAUACCAAGUAUCACUGAUGGACUGAUGCUGGUGUGAAACACUGGCUUUGUAUUGGAUCAUUUUUGGUAAUAUUUUACUUAACAUUCCUGAAUCAUCUUGCGUAGGGCUACGUAAGACCUUCAUAAGCCCUUCGUGAUAGACGCCAGGUCUCCUAAAGACGGCUUUUGACAGUUUGACGUAACAUCUUCUCAAAUUCCAUUAUAUAAUGGUGAUAAUGUUACCAUAGCAAGUGAAGCUAAUUGGGAAAAACAAAGCCAGCCAGAACACAUCAUAAUACAACCUUAGAUCAACAAGCUACACUUACCGGCCACUUUAAUAGGAACACAUUCAGGUACCCCUACUCAUUCAUGCAGUUAUCCAAUCACGUAGCAGCAACGCAACUCAACUGUCAGUUUCGGUGAACCCACUGUAGCGAUAGCUUCUUGUUCUUGGCUGACAGGAGUGGAACUCGGUAUGUUCUUCUUCUGUUGUAGCCCGUUUGCUUCAAGGUUCAACAUGUUGUGAUUCUGAGAUGCUUUUCUGCUCACCAUGGUUGUAAAGAGUGGUUAUUUGAGUUACAGUAGCCUUGCUGUCAGCUUGAACCAGUUUAUCCAUUCACUUCUGACCUCCUUCAUUGACAAGGCAUUUCUGCCCUCAGAACUGCCGCUCACUGGAAGUUUUUUUUUAAUAGUACAUACACCCUCUGUAUAAAAUAUAGAGACAGCUGUUUAUGAGAAUCUCAGGAAAUCAGCGGUAUCUGAAGUAUCUCAAAGCAGUCUGGCACCAAGAUCACAUUUUCUCUCCAUUCUGAUGUUUGAUGUGAACAUUAACGGAAUCUCUUGACCUGUAUCUGCAUUAUUUUAUGCAUUGCAUUGCAUUGCUGGUGCUUGAUUGGCUGAUAAUUGCCUGAUAAUUUGCAUGACAGGCUUAUGUGUUAUGUAGCGUGUUCUGUGAAGUGAACGUUGAUUAACAACACAGAGGACACAAAUUGUCUUAAAGCACAUCAUGAACUGAAACACUGUUACAAUGUUCUCACAAAAGCAACAGCUUUUUUCCUUUUUUAACAUGAAAAACGUCCUUAUAUGGAUCACUCUUUGGUGUCAGCUGAUAAUCAGGGUUCUGAUAUUAGUGUUGUAUUAAAAAAAAAGGAUUGGUGCAUCCCUAAAAUUUUUUUUGUUGCGUAAGUGUGUACAUAAGUGAUUUCACAGGCAUCAUGCCAUAAUUCCUCGUUCUUUUUUUUAAUCAUGAUCACAGGCUUCCCAGCGAACUGAGCCCAAGCUAUUAGCACACACAUGUGUAGAGACUGACAGAAUUCUUUCACUGACGGUUAAUGUGAUUGACCCAAAAGUUUUUGCCUCACAGUAAUGAGGAAAGGCUGUGUUUUAUCAGCCGCAGCUUGUGUCCAAAGUUUGCUUCUUUAUUUUUACAGUGGAGCUACAUAGCUAAUGUAGAUAACAAGUACGAGAAGUGGUUCACAUGAAAUCUUUAUAAUAAAUGUUACUAGCUUUCUGGUAUAGCUUCACCAUUCAGCUUUGGGAGGCGGGGCCUAGGGAUGUUUAAUUUUUUUUUUUUUUUUGCGUAAUUAGUAUAAUUAGCAUAAUUUGUUAGUACACUACUAGAUCAGGCGUGCUCACUUGUAUCACAGAAAUUUGCCAACAAUUAUAACUUUUUAUUUAUUAAAUAAUGACACGUACAUUUAAUGUUCGCAAAAAAAGUUAGUUCCUGUUAUCGGUUACUUUAUAACAGCGAUAAACAGUCAUUACCUCAUCAGUCUCUUAUGGUUUUCUCUAAGUUAAUAAGAAAAAAAGUAGCAUGUUAAGAUUCCCAAAAAUGUUAAAGCACAAAGUCCUCUGUCUUGAAGACUUUCCUGUGGAGGAAAACGUAUUCACUGACACUGGAGACUCCUUCCAUAAAUGUUAAUCAAUCACCUCAAUGAAUAUUUUUCUUUCUUAAAUAACAACACGUUUUUAAUCUUUAUUAUUAGUUUUACAUUACGUCUGGCUUAGACGUCCAUGUGAAUUAGCUGUUACUAUAGAAACCGUAAUAUAUUUACAAUGAGCGCAUUAAUAUUAACAUGUGAUUUGCCUUGUAGCCGUAAAUACUGUCAGAGCUGCUAUUAUAGAAAACUAAUCAACACCUUCUAACCAAUCAAAUUCGAGGAUUCGACAAUGUGGUAUAAAACAUUAUAACAUUCAGCUACACAGUAAUUUAGUUAGUAUUUUAGACCCGUCUUUGUUAGCUCCAUUAGCCUUAUAGCAUCAGUGCAAAACUAAAGAAGCAGAUGUUGCACACUAUGUUUUUAUGACUGAUUGCAAUUUAGAUAAUGGGAAAAUAGUGAACGUUUGAUAAAACCGAUUAAUUUCUAUCCCUUAUAUUUUGUUUGACUUGAAUUGUUUUAU